AUGGCUGCUGAAUCCUCCUCUGGUAUUAUUCCCUUUCCUUCUUCUAGCCUUCGUUUUGAACAUAAUUGCCUCACCUUUCAACAUCAAUGUCUUUCUACCCUUUAUAAUUCUCUUCCUCCUGGUUCUUGGAUAAUUGAUUCUGGUGCUACAACACAUGUCUGUUCUGAUUUGGCUUUGUUCAGUAGGGUCUCUCCUGUCUCCGGUGUUACAGUCUCUCUACCUAAUGGCAUUAGAGAACCCAUUAGUCACACAGGCACAGUGCAUAUUUCAGAUUCCCUUGUCUUGCAUAAUGUUUUGCAUGUUCCCUCAUUUCAGUUCAAUCUCAUUAGUGUUAGUAGCUUACUCAAAGAUAAUAAUUGCUCUGCUCAUUUCUAUAUUGAUCAUUGCUUGAUUCAGGAGUCUAUUCAGGGCUUGAUGAUUGGUAAAGGCUUGCUCAUGAACAAUCUCUACAUUCUUGAUACUCGUGUCAAUGCCAACUUCUGUGAAUCCUUGCUAGUGGAUGGACAUCUUUGGCAUCAGCGCCUUGGACAUCCAUCAGCUGCCAAGUUAACUGAUCUUACGGGUACUAUAGAUGAAUAG